UUAUUCUCAGUGCUACGUAGGCAUUCGGUCUAUCUGUGCCAUGCAAAACAAACGGGAAGUUGGAAGAAGUGGGAAAGUGACAAGCUUUAUGAAAUUUCUCGCCCUGUGAAUAUAUUUGAGUGCCGACAAUAUAUUUUUGGGAAAUCCAUUCAGCUACCUAGUUAUCUCAGAUAGGUUCUAGGAGUGACCAUUCAAGUGGUACUUCUGCAUCCAGAGCAAGAGACUGGGGUGUAGGACAUGGCAAGUAGGGGUGGUGCAACACGACCCAAUGGGCCGAACACAGGCAACAAGAUCUCCCAGUUCAAAUUAGUACUCUUAGGGGAGUCCGCUGUGGGAAAGUCCAGUCUCGUACUUCGCUUUGUCAAGGGCCAGUUUCAUGAAUUCCAAGAGAGCACAAUUGGAGCUGCCUUCCUGACUCAGACAGUAUGUUUGGAUGACACGACAGUCAAGUUUGAGAUCUGGGACACAGCUGGUCAGGAGCGCUACCACAGCCUAGCACCCAUGUACUACAGAGGUGCCCAGGCCGCCAUCGUGGUCUACGACAUAACUAACAAAGAGUCAUUUGCACGAGCAAAGAACUGGGUUCAGGAGCUUCAGAGACAAGCCAGUCCAAAUAUUGUAAUAGCGUUGGCUGGGAACAAAGCUGACCUUGCAAACAAACGAGCAUUGGAUUUUCAGGAUGCCCAGUCAUACGCAGAUGAUAACAGUUUACUGUUCAUGGAAACAUCAGCAAAGACCUCUAUGAACGUUAAUGAGAUAUUCAUGGCUAUUGCAAAGAAAUUACCCAAGAACGAGCCUCAAGCUGCCGGAGCGAACAGUGGGCGGAACCGGGGAGUGGAUCUUACGGAGACGGCUCAGCCCGCCAGCCGCUCCUGCUGCAGUACCUAAACCUGGCCCACUCUUCCCACAUGCACCUUCCCCCUCUCCUCCUAACUCUGAAUAACAUCUGGACAUGGUGUUCCCCUUCCUGACAUCGGACCUUCCACCUCUUGUCCUUUCUCCUUGGAAUAGCUGAAGACUCUGUAUAGCUGCAUUUCUAAUACUUUGUUUGGUUUUACUUUCAUUUUAAAGUGUAUAUCAGUAUAAUGUAUGCAUGUAUCACUACAAGGCCUAAAACAUUUUUUUAACUUCAGUUGGAAGACUAACCCCUGCGAGAGAGGUGUGUGUGUGUGUGACUGAUUCCCUGAAGAGAAAGUGUAACCUAGGUCAUAGGGUUAUUGGACUGGAGGUAAAAGUGAGUUGAGUGUCCUUCCAACCAAAACAAACAAUUCCCCCAUUGUGAAAUGCCUGGAGAUUAUGACUGUUUGUACUGAGUAUAAUAACAUUAUUGAAGCAGUGUCAGGUAAGGACUAUCAAACCAAGCAUUCCUCCUCCUUGCACCUGCUGCCGAGACGACGACAUCUCCGUCUGCAGAGAAGUUUGGCAGGAACAUCCAACGCCAUUACACCACUGGCCCACUGCAACCGGUUGAACAGGAUUUAAGGGUGGGUUUUGUGAUUGGAUGGCUGGUGACUCUGCAAGUUUGUCACAUCUAUGAUGACUGCCUUGUGCAUCAUGGGAAGUCCCUCUUCAAACCACAAUAUUCUCUGGUUGAUACAUUGAGACAGUUGGACAUGCUCAGACAAGUUUUGUAAAAUAUCUUAAGACCUAACAUAUGACAAGUCCUUUGUUUCCCCAAACUGUUAUUGUUCAUUUAUCAAUGUAAGUCUUGACUAUUACCUAUCAUCAGUCUGUGGAAUAUUACUCUGUUAUAUAGGGUGUUGCAAUGUUGUCUUCUACCAAUACAGCUUGGAGGGCAUAAGCUUGUCAGGAAAGUAUCUAGAGAUUCCGAACAAUUGUACAGUACACCGAUGUAGGUCUAGGUCUGCUAUGGGUUUGUUACCUUGUCACAAACAAACUGUUUGUGCUAAUCAAUGGUGGUCUUUUUAAACAUGUGUUAUUAACAAUUCAAUUGUA